GCGGGGAGGGUCGGAAGAGGCUGCUACCAUGAGGUCAAAUGAGAAUACCUUGCUGCUGGGGAAGAAGGUGGUGCUGGUACCCUACACUGCAGAGCACGUGCCUAGGUACCACGAGUGGAUGAAAUCCGAGGAGCUGCAGCGUUUGACCGCCUCUGAGCCACUGACGCUGGAGCAGGAGUAUUCGAUGCAGCGGAGCUGGCGGGAGGACGCGGCCAAGUGUACGUUCAUUGUGCUGGAUGCAGAGAAGUGGCAGGCCCAGCUGAGCACCACUGAAGAGAGCUGCAUGGCGGGAGAUGUAAACCUCUUUCUCACAGAUCUAGGGGACCCUUCCUUGGGGGAGAUUGAGGUCAUGAUUGCAGAGCCCAGCUGCAGGGGCAAAGGCUUUGGCACCGAGGCUGUUCUCAUGAUGAUGUCAUAUGGAGUGACCAAACUAGGUCUGACCAAGUUUGAGGCUAAAAUUGGGCAAGGAAAUGAACCGAGUAUCCGGAUGUUCCGGAAGCUUCACUUUGAGCAGGUGGCCGUGAGCAGCGUCUUCCAAGAGGUGACGUUCAGGCUGACAGUGAACGAGCACGAGCGGCAGUGGCUUCUGGAGCAGACCAGCCACGUGGAAGAGAAGUGCUAUAGAGAUGGGUCGUCGGAGUCCCACUGACAGCUGGCCUUGUUGGCAGCCACCCUGUGUGAAUGGGGGUGUUGGGACCAUGCAGUCCAAAAGCCCAGAGCCCUAUAACAGAAGGUGAACUGUUAGGGCCUUUGGGGCAUAGUGCCCCUGGCCUCUCUGUAGCCUGGGAAUCUCCUUGUGGGGCCCUUCAGACUCUGGGCCGGACUUGCCUUGGCCUCCCUCAGGCUGGCCAUGUGAUGAGUGACUUCAGGGCUAGCCCAUCCUCCUGGCCAGCCCUGGACUCCCGGAACCUGGAGUGGACAGCGUGGACCCCCAGGAGGCAGGGUGGAGGUGGGAGCAGAGGCGAAUGGGGGCCUGGUGAA